AUGGAAAUGCUGAAAUGUUUUGAGGAAACCAAUAACCGUGACGCGAGUCGCCUCUCCACAGACCUGUCUCUCCACAGACCUGCCUCUCCACAGACCUGCCUCUCCACAGACCUGUCUCUCCACAGACCUGUCUCUCCACAGACCUGCCUCUCCACAGACCUCCCUCUCCACAGACCUGCCUCUUCACAGACCUGUCUCUCCACAGACCUGCCUCUCCACAGACCUGUCUCUCCACAGACCUGCCUCUCCACAGACCUCCCUCUCCACAGACCUGUCUCUCCACAGACCUGCCUCUUCACAGACCUGUCUCUCCACAGACCUGUCUCUCCACAGACCUGUCUCUCCACAGACCUGUCUCUCCACAGACCUGCCUCUCCACAGACCUGUCUCUCCACAGACCUGUCUCUCCACAGACUUGCCUCUCCACAGACCUGCCUCUUCACAGACCUGUCUCUCCACAGACCUGUCUCUCCACAGACCUGUCUCUCCACAGACCGGCCUCUCCUCUGCCUCUCCACAGACCUGUCUCUCCACAGACCUGCCUCUCCACAGACCUGCCUCUCCACAGACCUGUCUCUCCACAGACCUGCCUGUCCACAGACCUGCCUCUCCACAGACCUGUCUCUCCACAGACCUGUCUCUCCACAAACCUGUCUCUCCACAGACCUGUCUCUCCACAGACCGGCCUCUCCUCUGGCUCUCCACAGACCUGACCUGGAGCCAGACUCACCUGCUGCUAUACUUUCACAUUGGGACCUUUUCACCACGAUGCCCUGGACUCCGCUCAGUCAUUGUUGA